AUGUCCGCCCCGAGGCGCUCCACCCGACUCAGCGCUCAGGCAGACACGAAGCUAGCCCCCCUCCCGCCGCCGCCGAGCAGACGCAAGAGAAAGAGACGCGCGCAACCUGCAGCACCCCGGCCUCUCACACCGACGCCAGAACCGACGCUCGCUCGGAUAGCGGACCCUGCGUCUACCAAUGCGACUCUCGUGUCGCCAGAGACUUCACGCCUGGUGGCGUCGCGACAUGCCGGCUCCGUUUCGCCCUCGAAAGCACAGGCGGUCAGGACGACGACACACACCAUUCUCCAGGAGGCCUGCGAGCAUCUCAUCAAGGUUGACGAGCGGCUGCGCCCUCUCAUCGAGAAGAAUCCCUGCAAAAUGUUCUCGCCCGAGGGCCUGGCUGAGAGAAUAGACCCAUUUGAGAGCCUGGCGAGCGGCAUCAUAUCUCAGCAAGUGUCGGGCGCCGCCGCCAAGUCCAUCAAGGCAAAAUUCGUCGGCCUCUUUGGCCAGCACGAGGACCCGACGCCCAGGUUCCCGCAUCCCUCCGAGGUGGCCCAAUGCCCGCUGGACAAGCUGCGGACGGCCGGACUGUCGCAGCGCAAGGCCGAGUACAUCCAGGGGCUGGCAGACAAGUUUGCAAGCCGGGAGCUGAGCGCAAAUAUGCUGCACGACGCGCCCUACGACGAGCUCGUCGAGAGGCUCGUCGCGGUGCGUGGCCUGGGCCGGUGGUCGGUCGAGAUGUUUGCCCUCUUCGGACUCAAGCGGAUGGACGUCUUCUCCACCGGCGACCUGGGCGUCCAGAGAGGCAUGGCUGCCUUUGCCGGACGAGAUGUGGCCAAGCUCAAGUCAAAAGGGGGCAAGUGGAAGUACAUGUCGGAGAAGGACAUGCUCGACAUGUCGGCCAAGUUUGCCCCGUAUCGCAGCCUCUUCAUGUGGUUGAUGUGGAAGGCCGAGGAUAGCUUCACUGACGUCAGCACCAUGGAAUAA